AAGGGGAAGGAGGACGCUGGCCAGGCUGUGCAGCUUGUGCUCAGCAGCCGGCUCCUCCCUCUCGCUAUUUAUUCCUUCCCCCGUCUCUGCGGCCGGGACUGGAUCAUCCAGAGCCGAGCAGGCGGUGGCUUCUCAGAUCAGUCACAUCAUAAAUAUUAUCUCUGAAACAGAGAAAGCAGCUACUGAGACCAGGCACCUCACCCCCAGCCAUGGCCAGGCUCCUCAUCACCUGCUGGUUGGUGGCCCUGCUCCUUGGUGCCUGCACUGAUGUUGCCCUCUCCAAGAAGGGUAAAGGCAAACCCAGUGGGGGUGGCUGGGGCACUGGGAGCCACCGCCAGCCCAGCUACCCCCGCCAGCCCGGCUACCCCCAAAAUCCUGGCUAUCCCCACAACCCGGGGUACCCCCACAACCCAGGGUACCCCCAUAACCCAGGGUACCCCCACAACCCCGGCUGGGGAUACAACCCAUCCAGUGGAGGAAACUAUCACCACCAAAAGCCGUGGAAACCCCCCAAGACCAACUUCAAGCAUGUGGCUGGGGCAGCAGCAGCAGGUGCUGUGGUGGGGGGCUUGGGGGGCUACGCCAUGGGGCGCGUCAUGUCGGGGAUGCACUACCACUUCGACAGCCCCGACGAGUACAGGUGGUGGAACGAGAACUCAGCGCGUUAUCCCAACCGGGUUUACUACCGGGAUUACACCAGCCCUGUGACACAGGACAUGUUCGUUGCUGACUGCUUCAACAUCACAGUGACUGAGUACAACAUUGGCCCCGCUGCCAAGAAGAACGGCUCGGAGGCUGGCCCAGGGGCAAACCAAACGGAGACGGAGCUGGAGACCAAGGUGGUGACGAAAGUGAUCCGUGAGAUGUGCGUGCAGCAGUACCGCGAGUACCGCCUGGCCUCGGGCAUCCGGCUGCACCCUGCCGAUGCUUGGCUCGCCCUCCUCCUCCUGCUUGCCACUCUCUUUGUCAUGCACUGAUAGGGUGUCGCACCCCAGCCCUGCAACGGUGAGAUGUCUUCAUGUCCCUGAGCCCACCCGAGGGGUUCCCCUCCCCCGUCCUCACUUUGUCCACCUUUGGUGAAGAGCUGUCAGGGUGAGUGGGCACUGAUGUCCCCCACUGCCUCCCUACAGGCUCCAACUUGGGCAACCGUGAGCAAAUUUUGCCCUGUCCUGGUUGUGUCAGGACAGCUGCCAGUGAUGGAGUAGGAUGCCCAAAAAACAGUCGUCACCACCUCCUCCUCCUCCUCUUUGGGGUCACCCCAAGAGUGAUGGGCCCAACAGAGAUGGGCUUGCCCAGCCUUCAUCAUCCCUGCAAGAGCAUUUCUGAAAAUCCUCUUUGCUAAGAAGCAGGGUUUUACCUAAUCUGUUUAGCAACAGCAACACCAAAACGCCUUUCCCUGGGACAUGCCAGUGUUGCAACUCUGAGCAUGAAUGCUCAGCACUCUUGCAUUCCGUGGGGUUUUAUGGGUUUUGGGGUGCUCCAAGCAAGACCCUGGGCUGCUGGGUGUAGUUUUAACCCUUUAAUCCCCCCAAACCACCUUCACCAUGUACAUAGGAACAUAUCAAUGCUGCAGCUGGCAUGCUGCAAAUACCUCUUGCAGCAACACCCCACCCCAAAAAAAGUGGGUUUGGAAUAGCAAUGCUGAAGCCACAGCUGCUUUCCGAGUCCCACCAGGGCUGGGUUUGGAAUAUCACCCCGCACCACUAUGCUUUCAGCUGAGCCUUUCUGCCUUUUGUAGCCUGCCCAAAGGAGGCAAGUGUGAAUACCUGAAUGCCCAAGAAAAGCCCCCCAAAGUAACACCUGCAGUUAGAGCCCGAGAAAAUGUUUUUCUUUAAGUGCUAUGGGUGUUGAGUGCAUCUUGCGCGGUCAGCCAUGGAAGCACGGUCAUCAUUUGCCAUCAGCACUGUAACCCAAAGGAUGCGAAAAUAUAUCCAAAGGGAUUCCCAGGGGGAUCAGUCACACAGGGAGGGACUUAAAUCAGCUAAACUGGACUGAUACAGCAAACAGCACUGAUAAAAUGAACCCUGAGGAACUGGCGAUGCUGGAAAACCACCUUUCACAAAUAAUUUGACACACUCAUGGCACAGCUGCCAUGGCAAUGGCAGCUGAAACUAUUGCUUCUUGUGCUUUGGUUGAUGCUGAUUUGUAUAUAGCCUGUAGCAUAUGUAAAGUUACACUUGUCAAGCUACUUACACCGCAUAGAUCUGAUAUUUAUCAUGUAUUUUGGCACUGAAUGCCCCUGUUGGCGAUAUCAAACCAUUCUAAAUGAUUUUUGCAUCAGUGUAAGCUAAGUGGAGAUACACAUAAACACAGAGCAACAAAAUCUUUCGGGAUAUUCACUGCAAAAGCAGGACAUGGAGUUAACAUGUACUUUGUGAUACGCGACUGUUUUGUAAAUUUGUAACAGCGCAUGCACUGCAUUUUACCUUCCAAUACUUUUCUAAGUGUUCGACAUCUGGUGCAAAUUAAAACAGGUGAAGCGAA